AAUAUGGUAUGGAUAAGAGUCAACAUGCAGGAAUUUAUUGUGUUUUGCUGAUCAUCUUUUCCCAACAUAUAUCAUGCAGCACAAUAAACAGAUGCCCAGAGCCUCGGACGUUUGCAAAACCUGUUGCCAAGUGUCCUUUUUAUAAAGAAGAAUGGAAAAGAGCAUCAGAGAAGAAGAACUGUGAAUCAUUGUCAAGGAAUUGUACAAGAAAAUACGCUUAUCACUGUCUAAAGGAUGAGUGGUUAGAUAAAAUGUACGAGGUCUGUGCGCCACCAGUUGUCAUAAUCGGUUGCUGUCCAGAAUACAACACAGCCGGUGACGUCAUACAGGGAAAUUUUCUAAUUGAUUGUACGAAGUUUCAUGUUCCGUGUCCAAAGGUUUAUAAUUCAACAGAUAUUUACAAAUAUCAGAAAUGCUAUGGAAUCACAACAACUAUACUGGUAGAAGAAAUAUUGUCCGAUGAUGAAGACUCUGAUAAACAAAUUAUGAAUCCAAUUUCAGCAACACAAAUACCAACAUUUUCUUUAUUACUAAGAAAAGAAAUAAGGGAGAAAUCAGUUGAAGGAACGCAGUCCUUUAAGUUGAUGCUUUGGAAGUCUUUGGGGUUGAUGUUUCUUGUGAUUUUUUCAAUCCCUUUUAUUAUCAUCACAGUCUUCAAAGAAAAAAUUUACAAAAUAAAAAAUGUGCUUCAAAAUGUAUGCCUCAGAAUAAAAAAGAAGCACUAAUUACAGGACUUAUGAGCAGAAAAAGGCAGAAUAAAUAUUUUUCAUGGAUUUUUUUUAGGAAUGAAUGGAAAAAAUUGCAUGUGACAGACUAUAUAUUGU